CGCCAACACUCAGGCACAACAGGGCCCUGUCUGGUGGCUGCGAUUCUAGGUGGUGUGCUCACCCCUGCACGAGCUGCUGCGGGACAUGACCGACGCCGGAGGGCCAUUCACUACAAAAAGACAUAGAGUGCAGUAUACACACACGGGCAUCUGGGAUUGACACUGCGGGCGAUUCACCAGCCUCGCAUUGACCCGGUCUGGACGGCGCAAGACAAACAAUCAUGGUUUUGCAAAGGGCUUCGCAUGGACUACUCAAGUCCACUGCCAAGGCCUUGCCGAGGCAGCAGUAUCAUCGGGUCCGAUGGCUGAGCAUCCACGAGUAUCAGUCGCACAAGCUUCUCAGCGAGGUGCCGCCCUCCCUAUUGAGUCCUUACAUGUUUUCUUAUCCAAGCCCAAGCCUCUAACGCAGUGAUGUAGUUUGGUGCGCCUGUCCCCAAAGGUCGGCUCGUCCGCACGCCUGACGAGGCGCGCUCCGCUGUCCGCGAGCUUGGACCGAGCUUCAUCAAGGCACAGGUCCUCGACGGAGGCCGUGCCGAGGGUGUAUUUGGCAACGGCGUCCAGGGCGGCGUCCAGGCCGUCCGCGACCCCGACGAGGCCGCCGCGCUGGCAUCCAAGAUGCUCGGCCAGCGCCUGCGCACGAGGCGCUCGCCCAAGGAAGGCCACGCCGUGAACGAGCUCUACGUGGCCGAGACGGUGCACUUUGACGCCGAGUGGUAUCUCGCCAUGACAAUCGACCGCAACAACUAUGCGCCCGCCAUCAUCAUCUCGAAAAAGGGCGGCGGCAAGGACAUUGACGUGAUCGCCAAGGAGCACCCGGAGAGCAUCCACACCUUCAAUUUCGGUCUGACCAAAGGCAUCACCCCAGCGCUCGUUUCCGAAAUCGCAGACAAGGUCGGCCUGUCGACCUCCGAGACGGAGAGCCUCGCGCCCAUCCUCUCGUCCAUGCACCAGAUCUUCUCGCAAAAGGACGGCACGCUGCUCGAGGUCAACCCCCUCGCGCGCGCGCCCGACGGCUCCCUCACCUGCCUCGACGCGACGUUUGCGUUUGACAACUCGGCCGCCCACCGGCAGCGCGAGCUGUUCGCGCUGCGCGACCGCACGCAGGAGGUGGCCGACGAGCUCGAGGCGGAGAGCCACGGGCUGCUGUACGUCAGGAUGGACGGUGACAUUGGCAACGUGGUCAAUGGCGCGGGCCUCGCCAUGGCGACAAACGACGCCAUCGGGCACCACGGCGGCGCCAACUCCAACUUUCUCGAUGCCGGCGGCAAGGCGACCAAGGAGACGAUGCAGCAGGCGUUUGGCAUCAUCACGCGGGACCCGCGCGUCAAGGCCAUCCUGGUCAACAUUUACGGAGGCCUGACGAGGUGCGACAUGAUUGCCGAGUCCAUCAUCGACGCGAGCAAGGAGCUGGACAUUCGCGUGCCCAUGGUGGUGAGACUGCAGGGCACGAAUUCUGCCGAGGGCCUCGAGAUGCUGGCGCAGGCCAACCUAGGCCUGCAUGUUGAGUCGGACUUUGGGCGGGCGGCUCAGCGAGUCGUCGAGCUGGCCAGGGCAGCUUGACGGUACAUGUACCUCGACUGAUUCCUCAUUGAUAUGAAGCACGUGUCUACUUGUUGCUGCUAGACCAUAGAAGUGGAAGCCGUCUUUUGUCUUUUGUCGUGUGUACGCACACUCGUAUACUAAGUUAGUUAGUACGUAGCAACGUUCGAUAUUAGGCUGAGAUGGGGGGAACCCUAGACGCGCUUACAACUUGCAAGC